CGGAGUCGGCCGAAUUCAUGCGGCGCGUCAAAAGUGUCACUGAUUUUUGUUAUUAAUUUUUCUCGUUGAAUUUUCUAGACUUUGAGCUUCCAGGUUAUUCUAUUGAAUUUUGAAUUAAAUUUGAAACAAUUCAAUCAAAUCAAUAGGAUUUUGUUAACGUGAAAUACAUGCUAUAAAAGGAAAACCAAAUUCAAUUCUAAACAAUAUCCGCUGAUUAUAGACAAGCCAAGUAGAUUCCUCUCAAAUUAAAAAAUGGCAGAGAUUGACAUUUCUCCGAAUAACGAUGGCGGCGUACUGAAGCAAAUCCUAAACGAAGGCACCGGAACCGCUUUACCACCACCAGGAUGCAAAGUUAAGGUCCAUUACACCGGAACACUUUUGGAUGGAACGGAAUUCGACUCUAGCAGGGGUCGAAAUGAUCCUUUUCAGUUUAAUUUGGGAAAAGGAAAUGUAAUAAAAGGAUGGGACAUUGGAGUGGCGACAAUGAAAAAGGGAGAAAGAGCUAUAUUGACUUGCGCCUCAGAGUACGCUUACGGCGAGUCAGGAAGCCCUCCAAAAAUUCCACCUAAUUCUACUUUGAAAUUUGAUGUUGAAGUUCUAGAUUGGAGAGGAGAAGACUUGAGCCUGCUUCAAGACGGUGGUAUAGAAAGAGCCGAAAUUUUAGUUUCCGGCACUGGCUUUUCAACACCUAAUGACGGCGCUCUCGUAACUGCUCAUCUGAUUGGAACAUACAAUGGCAACGUUUUCGACAAAAGAACCGUCACUUUUAACCUUGGCGAAGGCUCUGACCAAAACGUAAUCGAAGGCAUUGAAAUCGCUCUGCAACAUUUCAAAACUUCUGAAUCUUCUCGACUGAUUAUUCAACCGAAAUAUGCUUUCGGCCAAACUGGCUCUACUGAAUUCAAUAUACCAGCCAGCGCAGUAGUAGAAUAUGUGGUGACGUUGAACAGUUUCGAAAAGGAGAAGGAAAGUUGGGCGAUGGAUAGUCAAGAGAAAAUAGAGGCUUGUCAAGUGUUUAAGGAAAAAGGCACUGGGUACUUUAAGAAGUGCAAAUAUGAUCUUGCUGUGAAGAGUUAUAAGAAGAUUUUGUCCUUUUUAGAGAGUGAUUCCGAUUCUGGAGACGAAAGACGUUCCCUUCUUUUAGCCGCCCACCUGAACAUCGCCCUGUGCUACCUAAAACUCAACGACAAUUUUCAAGCCAAAGCCUCGGCGACCAAAGCUUUGGAAAUCGAUCCCGCCAAUGAAAAGGCCCUAUUCAGACGCGGCCAAGCGCUGAAUGGCCUGGGCGAGCCCCGAUUGGCGGCCAAAGAUUUCGGCGAAUGUCUGAAACUGGAUCCGAACAAUUCGGCUGCUCGAGCGCAACAAUCUCUGUGCAGCCAUGUGAUGAAGGAACAGCUGGAGAAAGAAAAAAAGAUUUACGCCAAUAUGUUUGAUAAAUUUGCUAAAAUGGAUACGCAGGUCGUCAUUAGUCUAAUGGCAGUCGUAGUCCUCGGAAACCCCGAUGCUGAUGUCCAAUUACAUCAGAGAUUGAAACGAGGAUUUCACAAGAUCGUCACUGUUCCUAAACCUUACCCUGUAUACAUUCCGAAACCGUAUCCUGUAGUUAAAACUAUUCCGAUUAAAGUCCCAUACAAAGUGACAGUAUCCAAACCAUAUCCGGUUGAAGUACUGAAACCUUAUCCAGUACCAGUUACCAAAACCGUCCAAGUACCAGUCACCAGGACCGUCGCUGUUCCAGUCAAGGUGCCAAUUCACGUGCCGUAUGCAGUGAAAGUACCCUACGCGGUACCCAAACCGUAUCCUAUUGAAAUUGAGAAUCUAAAAGUUGUUAAAGAAUCCUACCCAGUUUAUAUUGAAAAUAAAGUACCUUAUCCUGUGGUGAUUGAUAGUGGACAUCAUCAUGGUGGUUAUCAUGGUUGGUAAUUUUUUGUUGUUGAUGUAUUGGAUUUUGAAAUAAAAUUGUUUUGUUUAAUUAUGAUAUAUUUCUCAAUGCCCAACACUUCAUCCUUUCAAGAAUAGCAGCUUUAAUCUAAUUUUGUAAGUGGAGGAAUAAGAAUUCUAAAAAUGUGGCCUCAUAUUUUUUCGAAUUUCCAUUUGGUGUCACAAUAAAAACUUGU